UUCAGAAAUCCACCAUAUCAUCAAACUGAAAAUUUAAUUAGUGUCUUGCACUGUACUUCGUGCAUUAUGAAUGGCUACGUGUACGUCAACUAUGGUGGAAGUAAACAGCAUCGUAAAUAAUUCUUCCCACGGAUUAUAUGAGGCAGAAGUUUAACAUUUUCUCAUCGUAAACGGUGGCAGACAACAGCAGGAAUAUUUGGACAGUGUUUUUCUCUCGAGACCGACCGCAAGAGGGUGAACAAAAUGAAGCUCUCCGACUCGGUGAUGCGGAGCUUUCGUGUGGCGAAAUUAUUCAAGGACCAGAACACCGAGCGUAUAAACAGCAUUGACUUCUCGCACAAUGGAGAGACAAUGAUCUCGAGCAGUGAAGAUGACUCUAUUGUUAUCUAUGAUUGCUUGGAGGGAAAACCAAAGAAGACACUUUACAGUAAGAAGUAUGGAGUAGACAUGAUCCGAUUCACACAUGCUGUUAACACGGUCAUCUACACAUCAAACAAGAUGGACGACAAUAUUCGCUAUCUCUCGCUUCAUGACAAUAAAUACAUCCGCUACUUCUCUGGACAUACAAAGAAGGUUGUCAGUUUAAGUAUGUCUCCAAUAGAUGACAGUUUCCUCUCUGGCUCUUUAGAUAAGACGGUUAGACUAUGGGACCUGCGAUCACCAAACUGUCAGGGUUUGAUGCAUUUACAAGGCAGGCCUGUGGCAUCAUUUGACCCAGAGGGUUUGAUAUUUGCAUGUGGUGUCAACUCUGAACUUAUAAAACUCUAUGACCUGAGGUCAUUUGACAAGGGUCCAUUUACAACCUUCCGGUUACAACAAGACAGAGAUUGUGAUUGGACGUCGCUCAAGUUCAGCGCUGAUGGCAAACUGAUUCUUAUAUCCACCAACGGUGCUGUCAUAAGAUUGGUAGAUGCAUUCAGUGGACAACCAAAACAAACAUUUAUGGGUCAUCUCAACCAGAAAGGGUUGUUAUUAGAAUCAUCAUUUAGUCCCGAUGCCAAAUACGUCUUAUCAGGUUCACAGAACGGUAAAGUACAUGUAUGGAAUGCCGAGAAUGGCACCAAGACUGCCGUAUUAGAAUCCAAGCACUGUGAGUCACCAAUGCACUGUAUCCAGUUCAACCCCAAGUUUAUGAUGCUAGCAACGGCAGCACAACAUAUGGCAUUUUGGUUACCAAGUAUAGACGAGUGAAAAGAACAAAGUAGAGACGGGAGAAGCUCAGACUGGCUGCUGCAGUGUGCUUUCAACAUCAAAUUUUGGAAAUGCGAACUGUAUGUGUGAAUGUGUACAGAACUUCAUGGAAGCUUGCUGUUGCAAUGGGAAUAUACACUGUUUGACAUUCUUCAUAGACAUCGAACAUCGAGACCUCAUCAUAUCGUCAGCCUUCCCCCUUUAACAUUGAGUGUUCAGCUCUCGCUAAAUGCCAGUAAAAACACAUGAGGACCAGUCAGAAAUCUGUCCAUUUAUCUCGGCUGGCUAGUUGAUUGUCUGCCAUUACUACACAUCAACCACUGAAUGAUCAUUAUUGCUUCAAAUCAAAUUAGUCCAUGCUACAAUGGUUGAAAGGAAAUCUCAAAAUACGAACCAGUGAGAAAGCUGACGUGUCCUGCUAGCUAGUCACUGAAAAAGUUAACGGCAAACCCUUUUAAACACCUCCUACAAAUAUUCAGUCUUGUCAUGCUUGUGAUUGGUAAAGAGGGCAUCACAUGAUGUGAACCAGAAAGUGUGAGUCAAACAGAGACACCAAUGAAAUAGCCUCAAUGGGAAAAAAUGAACACAAACAUUUUUCACAUAUUAACCCCUUGAACUAACGCCACUACUGUUUGUCACAUGCCCUCGCCAUUUUGGGAGUCCAAUUGCACAGAGACAUGACGGUAAGCGUGUAAACACUGUGGCCUAAAAUCCUGUGAGACUGUAUAAACAAACGGGGACAUUAACUCCCAAAAUGGCGGAACCAAGAUUAUUGUAAUGAUUAAAACCAGGGCUCAAUUUUAUGGCUCUGUACUUGCGUCAAGGUUGUUUCACAUGUUAGCAAAGAAUCUUUGCUUGUGCACUUGCGUACUCCACGUUUCUUGGCAGAAAUUUAGCGCUUGCUGUGUAAGCAAAGAAUUCCAUUCUAACAUUUCCACCAUUUUGGGAGUCGGUUCCUUUGAUUGCAGGCAGGGUAGGCAUGUGUAAGUGGGCUCUACAUUGUGCAAGGGGCCAAUUGUCAUAGAGUUUGUAAAUGGAUUCUGCAAACAAAAUUGCAAUUUCUUGUUCAACGAUAUUACUUGGGUGAUCCGUUUUGCAGAGCUGCUUAGGAGGAAAUAUUGCUUAACAAAUUAGUUUGCUAAGCAUGACUAUUCAGGGACCCAGUAACAAAAACAGUUAUAAAUCAUAUUAUAAGUUAUCACACAAGCGCGAGUGGAAUAUGGACAAAUGUAGCGCUUCUGCGUCCCUUAUCCAAUGAGGCCGAAGGGCGAGUUGGAUAUGGGACGCAGACGCGCUAUAUUUUUUUGUAUUCCACGAGCGCGGGUGUUAUAAUGAAUUUAUCUUCCAGUCUCACGUGCAUCGCGCAAAGUUUUAACUUUCAGAACAUUAUUUCGCGACGAACAGCAUGCUAGCACACAAAGUUUAGAAUGUAAUUUUUGCACUGUCCGUAUACGGAGCGUGAUGCAUUGACACUCAGAAUACGCACUGUGCAACAAAAACAGAGGAAGUAGUAUAUAUGUUUUUAUCCCCCUAGUAGUUCGAGCAUCUGAAUGGUGGAUUAGCGCGUGCUGGAAGAUGAUUCAUUUUGGCUAGUAACCCCAAUUUUGCAAAGCAGAUCAUCUCAGUGCUUAGCAGCUCUGUGAUACUUGGGGUUUGGGAUAAUAAUGUGUGUGUGACGUUCAGUAGCCUACAACACUGUUUUGUAAAUAUGUACAUUGUAGUGUUAAUGUAGAGUGAUCUCUAUUUAACAAAGUUAGAUAGUCACGUUAUCAGUGGAAAUGUUGGAAAGCAAAAGAAACAAAAUGUCGUAUCGAUGCAAAAAUCUUAAUGGAUGUUAAAUUUGCAUCGGGAUAAAGAGUAUUAUUUGGUUUACCCAUACAACGAUGUGUUUAAGCACUGUAU